CGGUCGCGGAGCUGUCUGGGUAAAAAUGGAUGCUCACGAUCUCUUUCGCCGGCUUGGCGUGGGGGCCAAAUUCGACGUGAGACGUUUCUCGGCGGACGCGGCGCGAUUCCAGGUAGGAAAAAGGAAAUAUGACUUUGAUUCUUCAGAGGUGCUGCAGGGACUGGACUUCUUUGGAAACAAGAAGUCUGUCCCAGGUGAGUUUGGAGCAUCAAGAACUCGUCAGGAGCUUCAAGAUGAAGAGAAAAAAGAAAGCCUAACUGAAAGGAAGAGGGAGCAGAACAAAAAAAAGAGGAAGAUGAUGACUUCAGAAAUUACUUCUCAAGAAGAAGGUUCUAUACAGUGGAUAUCAUCUGUGGAAGCAAAAAUUGAAGAUAAAAAAAUUAAAAGAGAAAAUAAACUAACUUCAGGGAAGUUGGAGAAUCUCAGAAAAGAAAAGAUAAACUUCUUCCGGAAUAAACACAAAAUUCAUGUCCAAGGAACUGAUCUUCCUGACCCAAUUGCUACAUUUCAGCAACUUGACCAGGAAUAUAAAAUCAAUUCUCGACUACUUCAGAACAUUCUAGAUGCAGGCUUCCAGAUGCCUACACCAAUCCAAAUGCAAGCCAUUCCAGUUAUGCUGCAUGGUCGAGAACUUCUGGCUUCUGCUCCUACUGGAUCUGGAAAGACUUUGGCUUUUAGCAUUCCCAUUUUGAUGCAACUAAAACAACCCACAAAUAAAGGCUUCAGAGCCCUGAUUAUAUCACCAACACGAGAACUUGCCAACCAGAUUCACCGAGAGUUAGUAAAAAUCUCUGAGGGAACAGGAUUCAGGAUACACAUGAUACACAAAGCAGCAGUGGCAGCCAAGAAAUUUGGACCUAAAUCAUCUAAGAAGUUUGAUAUUCUUGUGACUACUCCAAAUCGACUAAUCUACUUAUUAAAGCAGGAUCCUCCAGGAAUAGAUUUAACAAGUGUUGAGUGGCUGGUGGUAGAUGAAUCAGACAAACUGUUUGAAGAUGGCAAAACUGGGUUCAGAGACCAGCUGGCUUCCAUUUUCCUGGCCUGCACAUCCCAUAAGGUCAGAAGAGCUAUGUUCAGUGCGACUUUUGCAUAUGAUGUGGAGCAGUGGUGCAAACUCAACCUGGACAAUGUCAUCACUGUAUCCAUUGGAGCAAGGAAUUCUGCAGUAGAGACUGUAGAACAAGAGCUUCUCUUUGUUGGGUCUGAGACUGGGAAGCUUCUGGCCAUGAGAGAACUUGUUAAAAAGGGUUUCAACCCACCCGUUCUUGUUUUUGUUCAGUCCAUUGAAAGGGCUAAAGAACUAUUUCAUGAGCUCAUAUAUGAAGGUAUAAAUGUGGAUGUUAUUCAUGCUGAGAGAACACAGCAACAGAGAGAUAACACAGUCCACAGCUUCAGAGCUGGAAAAAUCUGGGUUCUUAUUUGUACAGCCUUGCUGGCCAGAGGGAUUGAUUUUAAAGGUGUGAACUUGGUGAUCAACUAUGACUUUCCAACCAGCUCAGUGGAAUAUAUCCACAGGAUCGGUCGAACUGGAAGAGCAGGGCAUAAAGGAAAAGCUGUUACAUUUUUCACUGAGGAUGAUAAGCCAUUAUUAAGAAGUGUUGCCAAUGUUAUACAGCAGGCCGGAUGUCCUGUACCAGAAUACAUAAAGGGUUUCCAAAAACUACCAAGCAAACAAAAGAAAAAGAUGAUUAAGAAGCCAUUGGAAAGGGAGAGCAUUAGUACAACUCCAAAAUAUUUCUUAGAAAAAGCUAAGAAUAAACAGAAAAAGGUCACUGGUCAGAACAGCAAGAAGAAAGUAACUCUUGAAGACAAAAGUUAAAAACCAACUUUCUAAAAGACUUUAUCAGAAAUGGAGUUUAAUGAUCCCAGCAUGAAUGUUGUUUUCAUGGAAUACUUCAAAUCCUGUAAUCACCUGUAACAUUUGAAAGCAACUACAAGAACAUGGGACUGAUGAAAAAUGAUCCUAAACUAUCAAUGCAUCAUGUCAAAUUUCAAUCUGUAGGUGACUUUUAACUGAUUACACAAUGGAAAUAACAUUCAUUGACAUUUCUGCGGUUUGAAUCCAGAGAGAUACUUCUUAUAGAAGAACAAAAGCUUAUGCUAAAAUUAACACCCAAAUGUGGUGAACUCUUAAGGAUUUUUCCCUUCAAGUAUGAAGGAAGGUGUGAUGUAUGCUGUGGAGAGUCAUCUGGAACCAGAUUUAAAAGUAAAGCCUUGAGGGGCGCCUGGGUGGCUCAGUCGGUUAAACGUCCGACUUCGGCUCAGGUCAUGAUCUCACGGUCCGUGAGUUCGAGCCCCGCGUCGGGCUCUGUGCUGACAGCUCAGAGCCUGGAGCCUGCUUCAGAUUCUGUGUCUCCCUCUCUCUCUGACCUUCCCCCGUUCAUGCUCUGUCUCUCUCUGUCUC